ACCAAGACGCUAUUGACGCGACCAGGCCCACUGGUGCACACGUGGCCUACGCUUGUUUUGGACGGCGCUACCUUGGACGCCGACGACGCUGUUGCGUUGUACCGUGCGGCGCUGCCCGUGUUCCUAUCGGUGCGCGCCACCGAAAUUUGGCAUUUUGGGCGCCUCUUUGCGGCCGACGACGCUCAAGCCUUUAUCGACUUUGCGUCGCAGUGGCCGCUCAAGCUGACGCACGUGACAUCAGAGUGGCGGCACCAGGUCGGCAGUGACGUCUUUUGUGACGUGCUGCGUCGCUGCACGCGCCUCCAGUCGAUCGAUUUGGUCGCCGACGAAGGCGACGAAGACAUCUUUGCUGCCUUUACGACACCCGACCAUCGCGUCAGCACCAUGCUUAUUGGCGAAAUGAGCACUGCCACCGCGGACUUGAAUUCGUAUGUGGUGCCGUGGCUUGGCAGUGGCCACGCUCGCAGCUUUUCGAUCGAGUGCACCGCGAUAGAAGACGAGGCAGAUCUCGCACGCACGCUUGCGACCACGUCUUCGCUUCGGUCUCUUGGCAUCCACGAUAACCAAGAGUUCCUCGACCCCUUCCUCGAACUCGAGCUGCCGCUGCAUCAGCUCACCCAGGUGGAACUGCGGACGUAUUCGCCCGAGGCCGUGGUUCCGUUCCUGGCCCUGCUCGACUUGGCCAAGAUCACCUCGCUCGCGAUUUCCAGCGCAAACGACCACGCCGACUUCUUUACGCUUGGGCGUUUGCCCGCACUCCGCCAUUUGGCAUCGUCCGGAGGCGAAAUGGGCGACGGCCUGGCCGAAGCGUCGACGUGGCCGGACCUCGAGAGCAUGCUCUUCAGUGCGAUCGAUUUUACUCCGACCGCAUUUGCUACUGUGCUGUCGUUCCUUGGCCACGCGCAAGGCCUCCGCAAGCUGACGUUUCAACAGUGCAAGCUGGCCGACGGAUGGCUUGUCAGUGUGACUCGGACGUUUGUUCGUUUGAUCGGCAACGGACUUGGUUUUGCGAGCUUCAACGACGUGGGCCUUGACGACGCGAGUCUCGGACACCUUGCACAGACGCUGCGCGAAGGGCGCAACACAACGCCAUUGACACUGGACCUCACCAACAACUACAACGUGACGAUCAAUGGUGUCCGCGUGCUUCUCCAGUCGCUCGCGCAGUGUACCGACGUGCGCGUUAUUGUGUAUGCGAUGGACCAACAACACAAGGACGAGAUCCAAGCCUUUGUCGCCACACAUCGCAUGGCGUGCGGCUUUGAUGCGGAGCACUAUACGCUCUAUAGUCCAACGUCGAUCAUGUAAACGACGAUCUAGUACAUGUCAAGUGCUAUGCAGUUUAUGGAUGAGAGAGCAGACUGACUAGAAACAAAUCGUACUGGAA